UGAAAUUGAUAAGAAAAGUACGUUAGCGGACAAAAUACAAUUCUUCAGUUUAUGCCUAGUUGGACUUCUGGAAGUUUAUGCAUGUGCAUGGCCAGCUGAUCAUUUAAUAGACAUGAGCACCAGUGUUGCGCAAGGAGUUUAUGAAUCGCUGUGGUACAAUCAAGACAAGAUUUUUCAAAAGAAUUUACUAUUUGUCUCGAAGAGGAGUCAAAUACCAAUAGUCGUCUCUGUUUCCUCUAUCCUUCCAGUUUUAUCAUUAGAAUUUUACGCAUUGUAUGUAUCAACAGCUUUUUCUUAUUUAAUGACAAUGCGAAUAGUAUUUGUGGAGGACAAUUAAGUCAAGAAUUAAAUUUUUAACCUGUGUAAAUUCCUCCAAUUUUUAUUUAUACCAAAAUUAUUAUAUUUAGCAUAACAGAAGAUCUUAUAGUAUUGUUAGUAUAAAAACUUGAAAUAUACUCAUAGCUCUCUCUUCACAUUAGUGAAUACUAAUUGACA